AAAACAUUUAACAGAAGAAUUACAAAAAUGUGCUAAUAUGACAACAAUUUCAGUUGAUUUAUAUUCGGAAGCAAUUAAUAUACUUAACACAAAUGUUAUAUCCAAUAAUGAUGAGACUUAUAUUGUGAGUCAAGAUAAUACUACUAUCCCUAUUUUCACUUCGGCAAAUUCUAAUGUACUUAUGGCUUCUGAAACUAAACUUGAUAUCGAAAAUAUAGUGGAUCUUACACUAUCUUGUUUUAGUUUCAGCAAUACAAAUUUCGAUUGUGAAAAAAUUAGAUUACGAUCUAAAUUAACAUCAAUUAAAGGUCACGAUAAUAUGGACUUUGAAGCGUCGAAUAUAGUUGAUAAGGUCUUAGGAAUUGAGAUCGAUAAUGAUUAG